CAAUCCAUCUUUGAGGCAUUACUGAACAACUUUUUGGCAGGUCAUGUUUUAUGUCGAAAUCGGCACUUUGCAAUCUUCCUUGGAAACACCCACUCCUCGGCCAUCUCCAAAAGUGAACGCUCAAGCCCGAAAGAUCUUGGCUGGGCUCCGCUUGGUCAACAAAAGGUUUCGUCACAGUGCCUCAAUUCGCCUCUUUCGACACAUCAUAGCCUUGGCCGGUUCUUUGUGCCACACGACGCACUUACCACCUGUGGAAAAGUUAAUGAGCAUUUCCAACAGCCAAUAUGCUCAAUAUACCUUGCCGGCUUGCUGUCUUCAUGCUUACGUCAACUUCCCAAUCUCAAAGCUCUCAAUUUCAGCGGUCCGCCAUUGACGUCCUUGCUCCAUGACGAAAUGAAAGCAUCUAUAGACCCGAUACUCAUGGUGCUAUGCUAUGUGCCUCUUCCCAACUUGACAGAGCUGGAAAUCAUGUUACCAAUGACAAACAAUUUCGCGCCUUUGUUUGCCGAGAAAAUCAGCACAUUACGGAUCCCGAUUGAACAGACUCUCAGCCGCCUUCACCAUCUUGGAUUACAUGUCUAUGCCCAAACAAACCAGCAAUCUUAUGCUUCUCAUCUGUUGAGGAUCGUAGAGCUUUCAACCAACCUGACUUCCCUCUCACUCAGCAGCCCGAAUUUUCUGAGCAUUGAUAGUCUCAGACUCAGUCCAAGAGUUCGUCUGCGUUAUUUAUUCCUGCAGAACGUCAACAUUUCAUCUCAAAAUAUGGUGGACAUUAUUGAGCAAUCUAUUGGGUCGUUGACUUAUAUCGAGUUAAGGCAUUUGCAGAUUGAGCCUGGCUCACCAAGAGAGAUCUUGCCUGCC